AAGAACAACUACUGAUAAACCAUGAGUAAAAGAAAUUAUAGAAAUACUUAUAAUGAUACUUUCUUCCCUUCUCUUCAGUUUGUUUUCCCAUCUGCUAAUCUAAAUAUUAAUACUUUGCAUUGAACAUUAAACAUUGAAGGUUAUUGUUAGUAUCUAGGUAAUUUUUAAUGUUAUUUUUGCUUAGUUUAAUAACUGCCUAGGAAGCAUAGUGUAUUCCAAAUAUAUACAUUUACCUUGCUGUGUGAUUUUUAGUGUUCAGGAAAAACAUUCCUGGAAAGAUUUUUUAAAUGUUAUUUGCAAUUCUGAACUUUUUGAAAAACCAUCCUAUCUUGACCAUCUUAUUUUUCAAUGUUUAUAGUUAUUCCAUAAGUGAAGGUUACUUACAUCAGUAAAAAUGCAAAGUAUAAGACAAACAAUUAGAAUCAGCCAAUGAAAAACAUUAAAAUCUUAUUUUAGAACUUCCAUUGUUUUUUUUAAGUAUUCAUAAUAUUAUUAAUGGGAAAGUACCUAUGAGUAUUGUUGGGUACAUUUUUACCUUUAAAGCAAAAAGAGAUGAGUAGUGUUUAAGAAUGGCAAACUUCAUUUUGGCUCUAUCACAUAUUCAAAGGGGGAAACAAUUCAGUUUGAUGCUAUUCAGCCGUUUCAUUUUAGGCUGCAAGUUUUGUUUCUUUCGGAAAUUAUCCAUUCAACCAGUUCAACAAAAGAAGAUUCCAAAUCGAUAUCUAGGUCAGCCUAGCCCUUUCACACAUCCACAUCUUCUUAAGCCAGGAGAGGUAACACCAGGAUUAUCACAAGUGGAAUAUGCUGUCCGUAGACACAAGUUGAUGGCUCAGAUACAGCAAGAGAUGCAAGGGACAGAUCACACAGUAAUUCUGCUUUCAAAUCCGACCUAUUACAUGAGCAAUGAUAUUCCAUAUACCUUUCACCAGGACACUAAUUUCCUAUAUCUGUGUGGCUUCCAAGAACCUGAUAGUAUCUUAGUGUUGCAAAGUGUGCCUGGUAGACCUUUGCCAUAUCACAAAGCUUUACUAUUUGUUCCAAAAAGAGAUCCAAGCCGAGAGUUGUGGGAUGGGCCACGAUCUGGCACUGAUGGAGCAGUGGCCCUCACUGGUGUAGAUGAAGCAUAUACCAUGGAAGAGUUUGGACAUCUGGUAUCUAAAUUAAAAGAUGAUUCUAGCACAGUUUGGUAUGAUUUUGCUAAACCUGUGCAUCCACAGCUCCAUUCUGAUUAUCUGCUGCAUCUGGCUGAGGUCAAAACUAAAUGCAACAACCGUGUUCGAGCUGUCCGGCAUCUAGUGCAAAACUUACGGCUGAUCAAAUCUGCCACAGAGAUUGAGAGGAUGAAAUUUGCUGGCAAAAUCACUUCACAGGCAUUCAUAGAGACUAUGCUUACAAGUAAAGCUCCAGUGGACGAAGCAUUUCUAUAUGCUAAGUUUGAAUUUGAGUGCCGGGCUCGUGGUGCUGACAUUUUAGCUUAUCCCCCUGUGGUUGCUGGUGGCAACAGGUCCAAUACCUUGCAUUAUGUGAAAAACAAUCAACUUAUCAAGGAUGGAGAAAUGGUUUUAUUGGAUGGAGGAUGUGAAUACUCUUGUUAUGUGAGUGACAUUACCCGCACUUGGCCCAUCAAUGGCAGGUUCGCCAGUCCCCAGGCAGAGCUGUACCAGGCUAUAUUGGAGGUCCAGAAGUCAUGCCUAAGACUUUGUUCUUCAGGUGUGAGCCUAGAAAACAUCUACAAUUUAAUGAUAACUCUCAUUGGACAGAAGCUGAAAGAGUUGGGAAUCCUAAAGGAUAGCACUAGUGAGGGUCAGGUCUUCAAGGCUGUUCGGAAAUACUGUCCACAUCAUGUAGGGCAUUAUCUGGGAAUGGAUGUUCAUGAUACACCUGAUGUAUCCCGAUCAACUCUCCUCCAGCCAAGCAUGGUGAUCACCAUUGAGCCAGGCAUUUACAUACCUGAAGAUGAUACAAGUGUCCCUGAACGAUUCCGUGGCAUAGGAAUACGCAUUGAAGAUGAUGUGGUGGUGACAGAGAAUGUACCAUUAAUCUUGUCUGCAGAUUGCCCAAAGGAGAUCUAUGAUAUUGAACAGGUUUGCAGCUGUAGCCUUUGAUUGUUCUUCGCUGCCUUUUAUACCUUGCUCGGGUUUAGAUUGGAAAAUACACACUCAUAUAUAAUACAUUUUUCAUAACUCAUUUAUAGGAUUGCUUAACUAAGAAUCACUACUAGAAAAUAUUGCUUGCAAGAAACUGUGUGUACAUAUUUUGCAGGACACAAUUACACUAUUUAAAUGGGAAAAUGUACAUUACUGUUCAACUUCUUUUUAAAGUUAUGCUAAUACUAAAACAAAGCCGAUGAAACAGAA